ACCCAAGCUGUCCGUAAAUGGUUGUGCAUUGACUUCCGCUGGAUGGCAAAAGUGGGGAUGAUGUCAAACUAAACCAAUACGAUAUGGAAGAUUUUGAACGAAGAUUUUGUUCAGGGCCUAAAGUGCCGAAAAAAAAUUCCUGCAAGGCAAAAUUUUGAAAAAUCUCCACUAAAGCUUUUGUAAAUUUACAAAAAAAGUUGCAAUCGCGCGCCUGAGUCCAAAAAAAAUUCUUGCACCAACUAACCACCCCCUCCCCCGCUAAUGGAUCGCCCCGACCGACGCCCCUAAAAGAUCGUUGCUUGAAGUCACUGCUCCAUUUCCUAUCCCCUUCCCUCUCCCCCAAAGUCCCAUUAGUCGUACAGAAAACAAAAUGGCGGGGAAAUCGAGAAUUCCCGUGAGCUAUUUUAAUCUACAUCUUUUCGACGUGGAGACGGCACACAAGCUUUUAAAAGCAGAUUAUCCUCUCCAGCUAAAUAUGGUCAUGGUAUUACGUCAAUAAUGUAUCGUGGAUAAUGCAAUAAUAGAGCGGAUUUCAAUGUAGAUAGAAGUCGGUUGGCUGGAGCAAUCAUGUACAUUUUCAAUCGGAAGUUGGUUUCACACAAAAGUACAUUUGAUCCCACACAAACAACUGACAGGAACAUAUGUCAUGAACUUUUAUGCUCUCUGGUGAGAUGGUGGAUUGGGGAUGGACGCUUUAUCAACCAUUUGAUGAACACGCUUUGGUUUAAAUAUGGCUCAGCGUACAGCAGACCAGCCUGGUUGUGUAGGAAUUCACAUGGCUCUUGCUUCAUAUUACUUAAAAAUGAAGGAUCUAACCAAAGCUGAAGAAUAUUUGGAUAAUGCUUCGAAACUAGACCCUGGAAACAGUGAAGUUCUUUGGCUUCAAGCUAAAAUCAGAAAAGAUAAAAGUCUUGAGCAACAAACGAAAAAAUGCAAGGAGAAGUUUGUCCCACCAAAGCAGGGGAAAUUGAAAAUGAAAGAUCCAUUCAAGGUUGAGCGAUGUGCAUUUCCUACUCUUACUCCUCAAGAGUUCUUAUUGCAAUAUGCAGUGACAGGAAAACCAGUUAUCAUCACAGGUCUUGUUCAACAUAUGACUUCCAGUCCUUGGAAUAUACAGUAUAUCAAAAAGGUUAUUGGACAUAACAUAAUACCAACAAGACAACAAUCACAAGAAAGCCGUACUGUAGCACAUAUAAUUGACAGCCUUCACAAUAACAGGAAGUCAUCAUGUUCCUAUGGGUGGACUAUGACAAGUAUUGGAUCUGAUUUGACAAAGGAUCUGUGCAUCCCAAGAUAUGUUGCUGAUGACUUCUUACAAAGAACAAAUACAGCUUACCGUGACAGCUGGCCAUGUUUGUAUAUUGAAUCAGUAGGGUUGACAGAGCACAUGCAGAUGGAGCCUUUUGGUUUGAAUUGUUGGAUAGCUCUGUUUGAAGGAAGGAAAAGGUUUACAUUUGUAAGGAAAGAAGAUAUGCCAUGCCUUUACCCAUACUGUAAUGACAACCUUGACAUUGCAUUUUAUGCCAAUAUCAACAAGCCAGACCUGCAAGACUUCCCUCUGCUUAGUACCUUCACACCAUUAGAGUGUAUACUUGAACCUGGAGAGUUUCUAUUUAUUCCAAGUGGUACUGCAUACAGCAGUGAAGCCCUUGAUGACUGUCUGGUGUUAUCAGGAAACUAUGUUGACUUGUCAAACAUUGAUUGUGUAAAAGAAGAACUGAAUGCAAUGAAAUUGUCAAACCUCAACAUCAAAGAAUUGUUUGAGCAGCUAUCAAGUGAAGCGUUUCCAAGUAAAAUGUGGAGUUGUCAGAAUGACUUGAAAUGGAAAGAGUACAAACAUUGGCCAAGAGAAAAUUAUCAGAUGUUUGAUAUCACACAAAGUGAUUGUCUUUGAGCAUAGCGUACUUACCAUAGAAAUAGGUUUACUAGCAUAGAUAUACAUUGUGAUUACACUAAGAAAAUGAUCAAACACAUUAUUCAUACAUUCAAGCCGUAUUGGGCUCUGGCAUCCCACCUGAUAAUCCCAUCCCAUCCCACCCUUGGGGUGAUAUGCAGCCAUACUUUCAUGUCUCUUGUGUAGACUUGAUAAAUUUGGAAGUGAUGAUGAUGCAAAGUUUAAAGAAUAUAGCUGUGAGCUUCUUAUUUUCCUCAUGUUUAUCAUGAAAACAAGGCUCACCUCGGAUGGCAAGCUGAAAUACAUUCCUUUGAAAAAAUACAUACAAAUAUGUAGUUUUGAAUAUUUAUAUCUGCAUCAAUUUAAGUUUUAUUUCAUAUUUAUCAAUUAUUGAUGUGCAAAAGUCGAUGCUGUUUUUUUCCCUGCUAGAUCAAGUGUUCUAAAAUUCAUGCUAGUGUGAUAUUCGUCUUUUGCGUACUCAAACCUUGAUCUAACUGAUAAGCAUGACUUAUUUUCAAACUCUGAUAAAAUUUCAAAAUGAAGAGUGAGUUAUUUUGAAUGGCAUUGAUUUAUUUAAUUUAAAUGUUAGUAAGAGAAUAAUGGCCUUGGCUUAGAAGUAUAAUCCAAUGUGUGUCCAAAGCAAAAGUAGAAAGAAAACAAAAGACAAAAAGUGGCCGCAAUGUUCUUUAAGAAUGAAACAGGCUACCAGAGAAUUUCUUCCGUGUGAGUGAAGACCUACCAGAGUAAUAACUCUGUAUAUUUAAAUAUGAAUCCAAAUUUUAAAAUGAAUUUAAAAUCAAUUGCUAAAAUUUAAGUAAUAUUGAAAAGUUGACAAUAAAUCACAUUUUUUAGUUUGGUA